CAAACACAGCCUGGUCGACAGCCAGAUCCCUGCAGUCAUCAAGCGUCUGGUUUGCAACGCCCCUCUUUAGGGAAGGGAAUCGUCGGCUUUUAAACCGAUAAGGACUGUGGACUCUUUCCAGUGUGUUUUGCGGGAAAAGUGAAACUGGAUGUGCGAGGACUGGAUGUCUGACAACAACUGCGGGAAAGCGCAACAUCAACUUUACAGAAUAAAAUAACCACCUCUAAGAAAAGCGGGAUAAGAUGGCAUCGGCCAGUGAUACCCGUCAGCAGCCGCAGGUGCAGAAGGAUGUCGCCGAUCAGAAUUUCGACUACAUGUUCAAGCUGCUUAUCAUUGGCAACAGCAGUGUUGGAAAAACUAGUUUUCUGUUCCGUUACGCUGACAACUCCUUCACCUCAGCGUUUGUCAGCACGGUCGGCAUCGACUUUAAAGUCAAAACAGUGUACCGCAAUGAGAAACGAGUCAAACUGCAAAUAUGGGACACAGCAGGGCAGGAGAGGUAUCGCACUAUUACCACAGCAUACUACAGAGGGGCCAUGGGCUUCCUGCUAAUGUAUGACAUCACUAACCAAGAGUCCUUCUACGCUGUGCAAGACUGGGCAACUCAGAUUAAAACGUACUCGUGGGACAAUGCUCAGGUGAUUCUUGUGGGAAACAAAUGUGAUCUGGAGGACGACAGACUGGUGUCCAGAGAGGAUGGAGAGAGACUGGCAAAUGAGCUAGGAUUCCAGUUUUUCGAAGCCAGUGCGAAGGAUAACAUUAAUGUCAAGCAGGUGUUUGAGCGGCUGGUCGAUAUAAUCUGUGACAAAAUGAACGAGAGUUUGGAUGGAGACCCAAGCCUGUUAACCAAUCACAAAGGCCCAAGUCUGCAAGACACGCCCCCUGUUGGACAGAGCAGCUGUGGAUGUUAAUGAUCGUCUCUCAGCAAACAUUUAUCCUUGAAGGCAAACAUUCACACACAUGCACACAUUCCCUCUCUCGGUCUAACACACACCAGAAGAGACUCUUUCACAAGCGUACAGCCAAAAUAUAGUAUGGAAUACCAACCAAACAGUAAGAAUACGGCAUAAGCCCCUUAAAAUGAAUCAUUUGAUUCACCUAAACAGGCCGUUUAGGAAUUGAAUGAAAUGGGAUGGGUUUCCCUCAGCGUGAUGUGUUGCUGCUAAUAUACUGAACUGUGACAUCAUGAUGGAAAAUACUGCAUGAACCUGCAGGAAUCAGAAAAUCACAUGCCAAAAUCUUAACUGAAUGCUCACCGUUUUAGGAGAGUUUCAAACUACUGCAGUGUGUGUUUACAACAUGUUUAGAUAAAAUGCAUGUGGUCGUCAUUGUGAAGUAGCUUUGAAAUGUAUACAGGUUAUUUUAAUGGAUGCAAAAUCAUGUUUUACUUCAUUAUAGGCAAUUAAAAUUUUAGGCCUGCUCUUGAAAUGUCCAGUCCAUAUGAUUUUCAGUCUUCAUAGUUUUUGUUACAGUACUUGUUUCAAAAUAAGUCAUAUUGUAUUUGACUUUGCCAUUUGCUUUAAACUCAAUAAAUUAGCUUCCCUAUGGACACUAAA